GGUGGAUUCAUACAAUGGCAUUCUCUAGUUGUCUGUACUCCGAGCCCUCUAUGGCAGCGCUGUGAUUGUCGGAUGGCAACUUCAUGAACUGAUAAGAUAAGAUGACCCUGCUACGACUUGGGGGAUCAGCGCGGGAAGCUUUCCAUGAAUUUUUGGCACUGCGGGACAGAUCGCCGCGACGAAAAGCAGCUCCCACUUCCCACCAAUUCUUCUACCGAGAGCGCCAUGCCCCGCCGACCUCGACGAUGAUGCGACGUGGACUAUGGCAGCAGCAACAGAAACGCCCGUCUGCAUGCCUUCUCUGCCGCUACAGUUCCAGUCUCGGCUACGGUGGCCGCACACGCCCAUCGCUCCGAUCGCUGCCGAGCCCUGAUGGCACGACAAUAGCAGCGGACUCCGUGCCGCCGGGUGUAUUGCCAAAUUAUCUGCAUUUAAUGGAAUGGCACUCUGUUGCGGCAGGCAGGACGAGGCAUGGAGGACCCGGCAGCACAAUGAGCCCCGGGAAUACUACUAGCCUGGGGGCGUCUGUAGGCGUGAACAAGGGGAGACUAUUCCUGCGAUCGUAUUCAAUAGGUGGCUUACCGAGCUGGGCAACCAAACCAUCACAGCCGCCUGCGAGCAGUGAUGGGUUACUUCCGCAUGAGCGCGCCGCAAGGGAAAGGGCUAUGGCCCGUACGCGGCCACCCCCGACGGUUAGCCCGUUUCCGAACAAUGAUGGCCUGCUUCCUCACGAACGUGCCGCAAGAGAGAAAGCAAUCGGACGUACACAGCCACCUUCGCCCGAUCCGACUGCGAGCAAUGAUGGACUGCCGCCCCACGAACGCGCGGCAAGGGACAAGGCCAUGGGCCGUACAGGGGCAGGACUCAAGAACCGAGCGCCGUCCUGGGCGUCUGCCGUCCCUUCGUGGUCAACUGCCCCGCCGCCCGCACCGGCGAAUUCCAGUCCAGUAACCGUGGCACAACAAGCAGACCCCUUUCCCUCUGUCUCCCCGUAUGAGAGACUAGCGAAAGCCACUGUUCGUAUGCAGGACCAGCCAUCCAACGUGCGGCCGCAACAAGCAGUCCCCCUGACGUUCCUGCUCCCACAUGAACGCGCAGCGAGAUCUGCUGCUGCCUCGAAAUCCUCACCCGUGGACAGGCGCGAGCCGCAAGGGAACAUGGCUGGACGGACCAACGAUCUUCGAGACAGCCGACAGGGACCCCACCUUUCCAGAAACCCUCUAAAAUGGAACCAGGACCGCGCAUGGCCAGCGGACUCGUUCUUGACAGGUGCGCCGCAUUCUAGUCAGUCGCACAGUGGCAGACUCGGGUCAAUUAGUUCCUUGACCCAACCGCAAACGGACGAGGGUGAGUGGAAAAAUCUCACCCGACGGGAGCGGGCUCUGCCGGAAGGUUUCGGCCUGCCACCAUCUCGCGAUGCUCCACGCGGAGACACUGGAUCGACGUUAUCGCAAUGGAGUGACUCCAGUUCCGGCGUGGAUCAAUGGAAACUUAUGGAAAAGAGCUUUUCCGAGCAAAAGGAGCUUGAGAGUAAGGCGGCUAAAGCAACAGACUCAACCACUUGGGGUUGGGCCGACGAAUACGUAGAAGAAGCCAGACAUGCGAAGAUACAAAGAAUCGCACGUGAAACGCAGGGGCAGUAUGAGCUGGCGAGUCCACAGGCUGCGUCCGACGUGCUUCGGCGCCGCCCGGGAGAGAGGGAGGACCGGUUCGGCCGCGAGGAGCGAGGGGACCGCAGAGAAAAGGAAAAGCCGAAGAGGAAUAGAUACCGGCGGAGAGAAGUCGAGGAGGACGACAACUGGGACGAAGACUUCUACGAGGAGCGACGGAGGCGGAAGGCUUUGAGAGAAGAGAAGGAAAGGCAAAGACUAGCGGAGCUCGAGGCGGCGGGCCCAACACCGAUCUUCUUGCCCGAGUUCAUCAGCGUGUCGAAUCUGGCCAUAGCGCUGGGUCAGAAGAUCGACGUCUUUGUGUCGCAAUUGGAGGAACUUGGUUUUGAAGAUGUCAGCAGGGACAACAUCCUCACCGGCGAGACGGCAGCCCUGGUGGCGCAGGAGUAUGGUUUCGAGCCGACCGUGGACACCGGCGAGGAUGAAGAUCUUAAACCAGCCCCGCCACCUGCUGAUCCAUCCUCGUUGCCCCUACGGCCGCCCGUUGUCACCAUCAUGGGCCAUGUCGAUCACGGCAAGACGACACUGUUGGAUUACCUGCGGAAAUCAUCCAUCGUUGCCCAGGAGCACGGUGGUAUCACGCAGCAUAUCGGCGCGUUCUCGGUCAGUCUGUCCUCCGGCAAGCAGAUCACGUUCCUCGACACGCCCGGCCACGCCGCCUUCCUGUCGAUGCGUCAGCGUGGCGCCAACGUCACCGACAUGGUAAUUCUCGUGGUCGCGGCCGACGACAGUGUCAUGCCGCAGACACUGGAGGCUCUCAAGCACGCGCGUGCCGCCAAGGUGCCCAUCAUUGUGGCCAUCAACAAGGUCGACAAGCCAGAGGCCAACGUGGACCGCGUCAAGGCUGACCUCGCCACGCACGGUGUCGAGAUCGAGGACUACGGCGGAGACGUCCAGGUCGUUUGCGUCAGCGGCAAGACAGGACAGGGCAUGGCCGACCUGGAGGAGAACAUUCUGCUGCUGUCGGAAAUGCUCGAUAUCCGCGCCGAGAGAGAGGGCAUGGCUGAGGGAUGGGUGCUCGAGUCAACCAUCAAGCCGAUCGGGCGCGUUGCCACUGUGCUUGUGAAGCGUGGCACGCUCCGGCCGGGCGAUUUCAUCGUCGCCGGACAAGUCCACGCCAAGAUCCGCUCACUCCGUAACGAAGCCGGCGUCGAAGUCGACGAGGCACCUCCAGGCACCGCCGUCGAAGUCCUCGGCUGGAAAGAGCCGCCAGACGCGGGCGACCAAGUGCUCCAAGCCCCCGACGAAGCUAAGGCCAAAGCCGCCGUCCGCUACCGACAGGAACUCAAGGAGCGCGGCGAGGUGAUCGCCCAGAUGGCGCAGCAAGAACAAGAGCGCCGGGAACGCGAGCGCGAGCGCGAGCGCGAAAAGGCCCUCGCCGAGGCCGCCAACCCCCGCCGGAAUCGUGGAGACCGCUUUGCGCCUCCACCCGAAGAACCCGCUCCGGAGGAAGACGAAACCGCAAAGGACACCACCAAGUACUUGACCUUCCUCGUCAAAGGCGACGUGCACGGCUCCGUCGAGGCCGUGACCGCCGCGUUGAUGGAGCAGGGCAACAACGAGAUCCGCGCCAAGGUGCUCGUCUCCGGUCCGGGACAGAUCACAGAGUCCGACGUCGAGCUCGCGGCCGUGUCUGGGAGCAGUAUUAUCAACUUCAACAACACCAUCCCGAACAAUAUCAAGCGGCUCGCGAGUGACGCCGGCGUCAAGAUCCUCGACCACAAUAUCAUCUACCACUUGGUCGAGGAUGUCAGGACGCGGCUCGCGGAUGCAUUGCCGCCGCUGAUCGUGAAGAAGGUGGUGGGUGAGGCUGAGGUGCUGCAGGUGUUCCCGAUCAAUAUCAAGGGUCGGAAAUACAAGAAUAUCGCCGGGUGCAGGAUCGGGAAUGGGGUUGUCAAGAAGGGAUGCAAGGCGAGGGUCAUCAGAGGAGGGGAGAACAUCUUUGAGGGCACCAUCGAAACGCUCAAACAUAUCAAGAAGGACGUUGCCGAGAUGAAGAAGGGCAGCGAGUGCGGUAUGUCCUUCGCCGACUGGGACGAACUCCAGGCCGGUGAUCAUAUCCAGGUCAUUGAGGAGCACGCCGAGAAGAGAAAGUUGUAAGAUGAUUGUAACAUAUAGGAAAGAGUGGAAAGGAUAGACAAAGGGUCAUGUGUAAGAAGGGCAUGUCACAUAUGUGAGACGGCGCAUAUAGCAUGGGAUGGCUUGGGUAGUGUC